CAGUUUUUUUUUUAACAGAUUUUAAAAUCUGGAAAAUCCAAAUUUUCAAUCUGAAAUCUGUUCACAUCAAAACAAAGCUGAAAUCAUCAACUUCUUCCCCGAUCCUGAAAUUUCUAUACCUAAAUCCUCUUCUCCCUUCCUUCUUGACAAUUGAUACAAAGAACGCAGGGUGGUGCACGGUUGUGCUGGUCGACGUGGUGGGGUUCGCCGUGAUUCCGAUAGUUGGAUAUUCAAGUCCCACCGUUGCAUUGGUGUUAUAAGCUCUAGUGGUAGCAGCCGCUUUCUUUGCAAAUUGUCAAUAUCGCAGCUGUUACUUGAGGAAGUAUAAUUGUAGAGACAGAUGGAUCACUAUGGUUCUUCUGGCGGAAGCUGGACCAUGAUCCCAACUCACAAUUCAAAUGUCCAAUCCCAAUCGAACCAGGACCCUAACGUCUUUCUUCAACAACAACAACAACAACAACAAUUUCUCCAGCCACAACCUUUUCAGCAAGCAUUACAACCUCAGUCUCCAUUUCAACAGCACCAGCACCUUUAUCAGCAGCAACAACAACAGCAACGUCUACUACAACAACAACAACAACAGCAGCAGCAGCAACAACAGAACCUUCACCAAUCACUGGCCUCUCACUACCAUCUCUUACAUUUGGUGGAGAAUUUGUCUGAGGUUAUUGAACAUGGAAACCCAGAUCAGCAAUCAGAUGCAUUGAUCAAUGAAUUGAGUAACCACUUUGAGAAGUGCCAACAGCUGUUAAACUCAAUCUCGGAGUCGAUUAGCACCAAGGCUAUGACAGUUGAAGGACAGAAGAAGAAGCUAGAGGAAAGUGAGCAAUUGCUAAAUCAGAGAAGAGACUUGAUUGCCAAUUACAGAAAAUCUGUGGAGGAGCUUGUUAGGUCUGAGCCAUAGAGAGUGUUAUCCAUUCAGAUAGAUGUAGAUGUGAGUGUUGUAAUUCUCCAUUCUCAUUCGGAUUAUUUAUGUUCAACCUUGGAGAUUUAAGCCUGUGCAUGAAUUUAUAAUUUAAUAGAUAUUCUGCAAGUUCCGUGUCAAGUUUUGGCCCAUGGAUGUCAAAGUUUGUAUCCAUGAAACAAGGUGAUUCUGACAAUUUGGAGCAAUGAGGAAUGUAAUGUUAAUGAUAUAUGAUACAAAAUCGGUUGCCUCCUAUUGGUGCCGUUUAUCUAUAAUGUUGAAUACAUAAUGUCAUUCAUUACACUGAGAAUAA